AUGGCUGCUGUCGAUUUUGCUGCCGCUGCUUUUGUUCGAGACGAUAGCAUCGGUCAGUCAUUUUGUGUUGGUCUUCAUUUCGACGCCGCAACGGCUCUUGCUGCUGAUGCAGCUGCUGUUGAUGCGGCUGCUGUUGAUUCUGCUGCUGCUGCUGUUCGAGGCAAUGUCAUCGGGCAGCCGCUUGGCGUUGGUCUUCAUUUCAACAACGCAACGGCUCCUGCUGCUAUUGACACGGCUGCUAAUCAUUCUGUUGCUGUUGUUUGA